AUGGCUACGGAGCAGUGGUUCGUGGGGCCGAUCCUCCCCGGCGGCGCUGGGGAAACGCUGCCCCCGGAUGAUUUGGAACCUGAGGCUCCACCCUGCGGAGGCCCCGCGUGGUCGGCGUCCUCUGGCCGGCCUGGGGACCCAGCCCAGGUGGAACCGGAGGAUGCCCAGGGGCAACUGCCCAAGGCCUCCCCUUCCACGCCUUCCCCGGAGCCUUUGGCCCCGGGACCGGGGCCCACACCUCCUCGCCUACCCCUGGACACCUUGUUCAGCCCCAUCACGGAACAACUCCGCUACCUGCUCAAGAAGGCGGAUGACUUCCAAAGCUACUUGCUCUACAGCAGGGACCGUGUUCAGAAGGAACAGCUGGCGAAGGCCAUGCCCACCUUCUUAAAGAUGUGUGAGCCCUACUUCCUGUACCUGGAGGCCGCUGCAAGGAGUGUGCCUCCCAUCUUCGGAGCCCUGCAGGAGCUGGUUCGAAAGGGGCUGUUGGAGAUCUCCCAACAGCUGACCCUGCGCCUGGAACAGCUGGUGCUCAUGUAUGCAUCCUUUGGGUUUGUGGAACUGGAAGAGACAGACCCCCUAAGCAUCUCCUGUUUCUUCUGUGGGAAGUUCUCCAUCAGCCCUUCCCACGAGGUGUCCAUCUUCAGAUACUGUGCCCCUGCCGCCUACACCACCAGCCGCUUCCCCCGCUACCUCUACAAGAAGAUGCGCUGGAACCUGGAAACUACCCCAGACCCCAGCAGCCGGGGGCAAGAUUCCCAUGUGGAUUACUACUUUCUGUGCUACCGAGAUACAUGGGAAGACACAGGCAAGAGUCCGGCCAAUUCUUGUCCCCAGAUUCAGAAGCUGUGGUCCAUCGGCCGGUGGGUGCCCCUAGGACCAGCUGAGGAUGACCUUUAUUCCUGGAUUUUGUGCCCGCAGCCGUCCGGAGAUUACCAGCAGCUGCUGACCAUCGGCUUCGAGGAGCCAUCUCACAUGCUAGCCACCGACCUGCUGGUGCAAAUCCUCACCGGCCAGGCAGGCCCGGCCCGGCCCCCGAGCGCGGCCGGGCCCACAGCGUGGGACACACCGGGCUCCUGA